CCCCCCCCCACCACCACCACCUCACCUACCAUCAAUUUGCGGUAUUCUUUUUUAGAAUACCCUGCUUAAAUGCUGGAAAGUAGAGAACAUCAAGCUCGUCGACAUGCCAUCAAGGCCGUCGCGCAAAGCAUCUCGCAUCGCCCGGGAAAUCGAUACCAGCACAAAGACUUGGAUGACCUCCCUAUUCAGAUCCUCCACAUGCCCCUAUCCGCCGAUGGGACCCCAUUAUUCAAACCUGAAUUUUUCUGGCCCUACCAGAAGCCCCUUCCAGACCCGAAUGAGGAGAUAGAGUUCUCGCCCUCCAGCCCGAACGAAGCUAUGAAUCCGCUGGACGAGGCAAUGGUCCUCAGCGACUAUUUCGGGGAAUAUAUCACCGAUGCCACCCUGAUUCACAAGGUUGAUUGGCAACAUAAUCCCAGACAGACCAUUGACUUUCCAUGUAUUCUUCACGAGAUUGACCAGGAGAAGUCUUUGGACUGGCGUGUGGAUGGUAUAACUGGCAUUCCGGGUGGACCUCGAAUGAAAUCUCUUCUACUCGAAAGUGUGGACGCGGACGAUGAACAGAUCACCCGUGGGGAGAUCUUAUGUAUGUGUCGGAUCAUGACUACUUGCCUCCGUUCCAGAAUGUAUUUUGCCCAUCAAGUCAGUCCGGUACUACUCAUCUCUUUCGUCGGCCCGAGACAUGCUCGCAUUCUCCUGGGCCAUCAUGAUGGCACCAACCUGGUGAUCCGUCAGUCUAAACGCUUUGCAUUCUGGGAACGGAACAUACCCGACAUGAAAAUCUUGCUUCGAUGGUGGUGCUCGUCUGCGAUUGGGGAUACCACCAAUGGGUAGGAGAGGCUUAGUCCUCACCUGAUACUGCCUCACAUCGACGUUAUGUCUGGUUUAUAUUCUUUCAAGCAUGUUCGGGUCGGUGUUGUGGGUCCGGUUUGGUUAUAUUUAAUGAAAGGAGCGGGAUUAUGGCGUUAAUUGAUGGGGUGUAUUGUUUGUAGCCUGUCGGGUACAAUAAGGGCUACGUACAUCUUAUGUCUUUACGAUGGAUUGGAGUUGGGGAGCACUAAAGGAACCAUGGCUUUUCAAAAUAGCCCCAUUAUUGUCUGUCAAUGAUAUUGAGUUGAUACCAUCAAUAUUGAUUUUAC